CAGAGCUCGGAGAGGCGGGCUGACCUGACAGGGGAAGUGAAACUACCAAUGUCAAAGGGUCCUGGAUCAGCUGUGGUGUAUCCUCCCUGUUAAAAAAACACAAUCAAUACAAGCGGUGGGCAGCUUCAGAGGUGCCUUUUAUGAAAACAGAAGUCAGGUGUACGACAGCCUCUCGCAGUUUUCAGGCAAGAUGAACUCCCUCCCAGGAAAAGCAGCUAUGUCUCUGUGCAGACGCGCGGCCACCAGUGGGAUGAGGGUCCUGGCGGCUUCCCCGGGUCACUCUGCUGUGGGACUGCUGGCCGACUGGGGCCCCCUUCAGGCUGUGCGGGUCUGCCAUUCAGGAACGAGUCACAAAGGCAGUGUUUACACCAAGAAGCGGGGCUACGACAUCACCAGGAACCCCCACCUGAAUAAGGGAAUGGCAUUCACACUGGAGGAGCGCUUACAGCUGGGCAUCCACGGCCUGCUGCCCCCCUGCUUCCUCUCCCAGGAUGUGCAAGUAUUGCGUGUCAUGAAGAGCUAUGAGACCCGCACCAACCCUCUGGACAAGUACAUCCUGCUCAUGACGCUGCAGGACAGGAAUGAGAAGUUGUUCUACCGUGUGUUGACCUCUGAUGUUGAGGAAUUCAUGCCCAUCGUGUACACUCCCACUGUUGGCCUUGCCUGUCAGCAGUAUGGACUCGCCUUCAGGAGACCACGCGGACUCUUUAUCACCAUCCAUGACCGAGGACACAUCGCCACCAUGCUCAACUCCUGGCCUGAAGAUGACAUCAGGGCCAUCGUAGUGACAGAUGGGGAGCGCAUCCUCGGACUGGGAGACCUGGGCAGUUACGGGAUGGGAAUUCCUGUUGGGAAGCUGGCGCUGUACACAGCCUGCGGCGGGGUUCAGCCUCAGCAGUGUCUCCCUGUGCUGCUGGACGUUGGCACCGACAACCAGGCCCUGCUUGAUGACCCACUGUACAUUGGACUGAAGCACAAAAGAAUCAGAGGAAAAGAGUACGACGAACUCAUCGACGAGUUCAUGCAGGCCGUGACAGACAAGUACGGGAUGAGUUGCCUGAUUCAAUUUGAGGAUUUCGCCAACAGCAACGCUUUUCGCAUCCUUAAUAAAUACAGGAAUAGAUACUGCACUUUCAAUGAUGACAUACAAGGCACGGCUUCUGUAGCUGUUGCUGGGAUCUUGGCUGCGUUGAAGAUCACCAAAAACAAACUGUCAGACCACACUUUUGUUUUCCAGGGGGCAGGGGAGGCUGCUCUGGGUAUUGCCUACCUACUUAUAAUGGCCAUGGCCAAAGAGGGAUUAACUAGAGAAGAUGCUGCCAAGAAGAUCUGGAUGGUGGACUCAAAGGGCCUCAUAGUGAAGGGGAGAAGCCACCUAAACCACGAGAAGGCUGAGUUUGCUCACGAGCACCCACACUUGAAGACCCUGGAGGAAGUGGUGAACACCAUCAAACCCACUGCCAUUAUAGGUGUGGCUGCAAUUGGAGGUGCGUUUACUGAGAAGAUCAUCAAAGACAUGGUGUCCUUCAAUGAGAGGCCAAUCAUCUUUGCCCUGAGCAAUCCUACCAGCAAGGCCGAGUGCACAGCAGAGCAAUGCUACAAGCUCACAGAGGGUCGAGGCAUCUUCGCUAGUGGGAGUCCAUUUAGCAAAGUCACCCUGGCUGACGGACGCACCUUCUACCCCGGGCAGGGAAACAAUGCCUACGUAUUUCCAGGAGUCGCUUUGGGCGUCAUAGCCUGCGGAGUACGCCAUGUAUCUGAUGACAUCUUCCUCACCACUGCAGAGGCGAUAGCUGACAUGGUAACAGAGGAGCACCUGGCUGAGGGAAGACUUUAUCCUCCACUCAACACCAUUAGAGAGGUGUCCUUCAAGAUUGCAGUGAAGAUUGUCAACUAUGCAUACAAACACAACAUUGCUUCAGUGUAUCCUGAACCCAAAGACAAGGAAGCAUUUGUGCUGUCCCACGUCUACAGUCCCGAUUACGACUCCUUCACUUUGGACUCAUACAGCUGGCCGCAGGAGGCCAUGAACGUCCAGGACGUGUGAUCUCCCUGUAAAUUCAAUGUGCUGCUGGUGUGUCACGUACAUUUUCUGUAUUGCCUUUGCUCAGAAAAUUCACAGAUGUUUCUCACUUUUUUUUUUCUUUUAUACAUGUCAGUAUACAUCAGUGACUUCAAACUUCCAACAGUAUAAUAUAUUUUCUGUAUCUUCUGAGGGUUUAUAUUUUUUCCCUUGUCAGUGCUUUGUGUUUUGUUUAAUCAGUUUCCUGAGAAUAACAUUUUAUAGCCACACAGCAUAUCAAAUGUCAUACAUGGAACUUUAAAAACACUCCUUUCACUAUUGUUUUUCAGUUGAUAUUGUUGAUAUUUAGCCAUUACUUUGACUCAGCUUCACAGUAUCAGGCAUCAUUUUCCUGUAUUGAAUGAGCAGAGGACUCAUUUUGACAUCUAAACUUAAAAAAGGUGAAAACAAACAAACCCUCUGUGCCUAUAUUUGUGUGGGAAACAUCACCGCUCUGCAUUAUUUUAAACCUCUGGCUAUUUAACAAGACACAUCUGGCUCAUGUCUGUAGCCUCACAUUUUACACUCCCGCCAAUGUGUGCACGUACUGUUCUUUAACCUCCAGGAUCAGCUUGUUCUUCUGUCUCUGACUCUGUUUCGUUGUGGGAUUUUGGUGUUUCUGAUAGUAAGAACCACUGUUUUCUUAAAUGCAUUGAAGAUGUAUUCCCAGGUGUGAGGAGAAUCAUCAGUACGUUUUUGGAUGCAGUGGUGUGUUUUACUUUUAGUUUGUACAGAGCUCUGUUUGUUGUAUUGUUUUUCCAAAGUUACUGAUGAACUGUAUCUUACCUUUUACUCCAAGAGAGAAUGAUGCUGUGCAGGCUUUAGCACUGAGAGAAAUGCUUUAAGUUUUCAAAGGGAACCUGUAACUUUUUAAAUAAAAUUGGUAACAAAA